AUGUCUUCAAUCACUGUCCAAUCUGGAUUAACUGUUGAUGUUCGUACAAGACCUCAGACCAUUCUAACAAAUCCAAACAAUGUUAAAAAUGACUCUCGAACAACACAAAAUGUAACACUCGUUGUCGAUGAAACACGUUUUGUUAUUGAUCCAAAUCUGUUCAGAGCACAUCCGAACACAAUGUUGGGACGAAUGUUCAGUUCGUCUUGGGAAACUUCAAUAGCAGCAAAUGAACGAGGUGAAUAUGAAUUGGCAAAUGGCAUAUCAUCAACGAUAUUUCGUGCACUGUUGGAUUUUUACAGUAUUGGAACAAUACGUUGUCCACCAAUGGUUAGCGUUCAAGAUUUGAGAGAAGCGUGUGAUUAUUUUCUUAUACUAUUCGAUUUUUCGACAAUACACUGUCAAGAUUUAUGUGGUUUAUUACAUGAAUUAUCGAACGAUGGUGCUAAAAAACAAUUUGAAAUGUUCUUGGAAAAUGAUAUAUUUCCUGUACUUGUCGAAUCAGCUCAACGAGGUGACAGAGAAUGUCAAAUAGUUAUUUUGUGUACAGAUGACACAAUUGAAUGGGAUGAAGAUUACCCACCACCACUUGGACAAGAAGAGGAUAAAGCACAAAUUAUUCGUUCGACCCAAAUGUAUCGAUUUUUUAAGUAUGUUGAAAAUCGUGAAGUAGCCAAACAAGUAUUGAAAGAUCGUGGAUUGAAGAAAAUUAGAAUGGGAAUCGAAGGUUAUCCAACACACAAAGAAAAAAUUCGAUGUCGCCCUCGAGCUAGGCCAGAAGAUCGUCGUGAAGAUCGAAUCGUUGGUCCAUUUAAUGAUGCUGGUGGUGCAUUAAUUCCACCUUUUGUUCCCGACCCUGUUAGUAUACCACCUCCCUCACCUCGUGAACUUUUUCCUGGCUCAACUGCUGAUUUACCAUUUACAGAUUGA